AAUUGAAUGUUUAUAUCAAGUACUGAUUUUUAUUUUAAAAAAGAAAAAACUAUAAUCCUUCUGCCUUCCAAAAGCCGUACUGUGAUAGCUGCCCAGGCUGCUCUCUUACAUCUCCCAUUUAUUGUUUACUUUUAUAAGUGUGCUUCUAAGAUGGUAUGUGUUUCAGCUUAUUGACAAUAUCUGUGAUAUAAAUAAUGAAAGCUAAUUAUUUCAUUUAAGGAUGAAACUUUUAGCACUUACCCAAUAGGCGUCAUUCUCUAAGUUAAAUGCAAUAGAAUGACAACCCUCCCAGUACCUUUAACUCUUAUACCGUCAUUUCAAAGCCCAGCUCAUUCUCUUAUUUUAAGAAGCCUGUGGUAUGACUGGGUAGGGGAGAAAAAAGGAAAGCAUGUUGUCACUUGAGUGAGACUGCUUUAGAAAUGUUACCAAGUUAGCGCUGGGUGUUUCCUGUUCUUUGGAAGAGAACAGGCCUAAACAGUACCUUCCUCCUCCUAUGUAGCUACCAGGAAGGCACCAUGAUUGAAAUUAGAGAUGCUUCCUUGCUUGAUUUUUAAGUAUAAAUUAAAUUACCUUUAAAAAGUACUUAAGGAUAGGAGUGAAAAAAUGCUAUGUUUUUAAAGGACUUACUUCACACAUCCUUUGUUUCUUGAACAAAAUGUGAACUACCUAAACAGAAAAUGAAAUUGGAAAGUCAGUGGGAGAGACAACUGUGGAAUCAGAUUUCUAUUUAAAUUCAAGCGUCGUUACUUGAUUUUGUGCAUGUUAUUUCUUGAAGUUUCAGUUUCUUAUAUGGAGAAAUAACAUUUACCUCAGAAAUAUUCUGAAGAUAAAAUGGAAUUGCUUUAAAAUAUUUAGCUCACUGACCCAUGGUAGAUACUUAAUAAAUGGCAGCUGUAUCAAUUUCAUUGAAUGAACAUUUCGCCAACCUAUGAGAAAAAAGACAUGGGAAGCAUAAGGGAGAAUGAUAAUAAAAUGAACUGAUUCUAAGUGUGUAUGAAAUAGAUUACAUUAGGCAGGAGUGCCAUGAGGAUUGGUAUGAUAGUGACCUUGUUGCUAAGUGCAAAAGCAAAACAAUGACAUAGAAACAAGUGUGCUAAGUACUGAGUGGAGGAGAGAGAUGGAGGCAGACGCUGCAGGGGAAAAAAAAAUCUGAUUAAAAAGGGCCCUUUGAUUCCACAGGCACAAAAAUCCACAGCCAGGAAUUUGCUACCACCUCUGAGUCAGGCAGGGGGUGGGGGUGGGGUGCACAAUCCCAUUAGUAGAGAAUGCCCAGUGGGUUUAGUCUUUGAGAGUCACAUUUCUUAUUUGGACCAGUGUAGACAGAAAUAAACCCAGCUCACUUGUUUCCUGGGACAGUUGAGUUAAGGGAUGGCUUUCACAGAGCAUUCACCGCUGACCCCUCACCGUCGGGACCUCUGUAGCCGCUCUAUCUGGCUAGCAAGGAAGAUUCGUUCAGACCUGACUGCUCUUAUGGAAUCUUAUGUGAAGCAUCAGGGCCUGAACAAGAACAUCAACCUGGACUCUGCGGAUGGGGUGCCAGUGGCAAGCACUGAUCAGUGGAGUGAGCUGACCGAGGCAGAGCGACUCCAAGAGAACCUUCAAGCUUAUCGUACCUUCCAUGUUUUGUUGGCCAGGCUUUUAGAAGACCAGCAGGUGCAUUUUACCCCAACCGAAGGUGACUUUCAUCAAGCUAUACAUGCUCUUCUUCUUCAAGUCGCUGCCUUUGCAUACCAGAUAGAGGAGUUAAUGAUACUCCUGGAAUACAAGAUCCCCCGCAAUGAGGCUGAUGGGAUGCCUAUUAGUGUUGGAGAUGGUGGUCUCUUUGAGAAGAAGCUGUGGGGCCUAAAGGUGCUGCAGGAGCUUUCACAGUGGACAGUAAGGUCCAUCCAUGACCUUCGUGUCAUUUCUUCUCAUCAGACUGGGAUCCCAGCACGUGGGAGCCAUUACAUUGCUAACAACAAGAAAAUGUAGCAGUCCGUUCUCUUCCUUGCUUUCUCUUCUAAUGGAAUAUGCGUAGUUCCCUGGGGCCUCGCUUUCCCAUCUUAAAUUUCUAAAACGGUUAAGACUACAGGCAUUUUCUUUCUUUUUUCUCUGACCACCUGCAGCCUGUUGAAGGACUACAGGCAUUUUCAUCAAGUAGCAUUGGAGACUUACACAAAUGGGCAUACAAGUUUAGCCCGGGGGGUGUGAUUGUGUGUGCGCAUGCAUGUGCUGCAGGUGUAAGAGAGUGGGAGCAGGGACAACGUCCUUCCACUUCAGGGUUCUAACCUUUCUAACCCACUAAGUAACCUCUACAGGCAUUUAACAGCCUUACAGACAGAAUAUACCUAUGUUAAUUCUAGUUCUGGAUGACUCGGUCUGAGAAGAUUCAAUUUAAAAUCAGACUCUUUGUUUGAUUUAAACUCUUAGAGAAUAAGAAUAAUAAUGGCUAACUUUUAUUAUCUUCUAUAUUAAGGCAAUAUGCCAAGCGUCUUUAUGUAUAUUAUGUACAGCGUUUACAACCUUGUGAGCAAGGUGGUGUUACUCCCAUUCGAUAGAUGAGAAAACAGGCUCACAGAGAUUUGGUUAAGCUCACACAGCUAACAAGUGGCACACUGAGUUUGCACACAGAUCAUUCUUCUUGUAAAGCCUAUGUGCCUUUCACUUUAGAGGCUUGAUCAUGAAUCACUGCACCUCUUUGUCACAGAGUGUUGGAAGAUGCAUCCAUGUAAUCUAUUCCCAUCGCUGGAAAACAGCUGCUGUUAGAUGUCCUCAGAAGCCAGUUGCAAAUUUUAGCGUUAAAGUCAGGAUUUAUUGUUCAUACUUGGCAGUGAAGAGGGCAGCUGGAGAUCUUAAGAUUCCAUUUUGGAAAAUGAUUAGGCCCGCCAAACUUCUGAACUUUGGAAGCUGGGGAUAUUUAGUAAUACAACCUGGUUUUAAAGUGCUCACUAAAUGUUCUUGAAUAUUGGGUUGGGCACAGCUUAUACCAGGUUACCUCACUUUUAAUUAGUGAUGCAGGCAGUGUAACCCAAGCAUUUGUGGACAAUGAGUGGAAUACUAAAGUUAAAAAGUCAUCAAACUUUCACCUCAAAUUUUCUGGACUUAGUCAUGAGGAGAGGGUGAGGCCUACUCUGUUCCUACUAGAGAUACCAGAGACUGAAACUAUACAGUAAAGCCUCUGUGCUGCACAACAAA